CCACCGCACGCACGCGCAUGAUCUAUAAAACCUAUACAUCUGGACUGUCGACACCAAUCAAUAACUGAUUGUUAAACAAUACACCCAAAAUGUUCAGCAAAAUCGUAGCUUUCGGCGCACUCCUGGCUGCGGCCAACGCUGGCCUCCUCGGCCAUGGCCACGCCGUAUCUUCCCAAAGCAUCAUCCGUCACGACGAGGGCCACUAUGCCCCAGCGCACUAUGCCGCCCCGGCUCACUACGCUUCAGCUCACUACGCCGCUCCCGUAGUCCACGCCGCCCCUGUCGUCCACGCCGCUCCUAUCGCUCACUACGCCCCUGCUGCUCACUACGAUCAUCAUGAUGAAUAUGCUCAUCCCAAAUACGACUAUGCGUACUCCGUGGCUGACCCGCACACCGGCGACCACAAGUCGCAGCACGAGUCCCGCGACGGCGACGCCGUGCACGGCUACUACGAGCUGGUGCAGCCCGACGGCUCCGUGCGCAAGGUCGAGUACACCGCCGAUGACCACAAUGGUUUCAACGCUGUUGUUCACAACUCAGCCCCUUCCAUCCACGCUGCUCCCGCCCACGAUUACCAUCAUUAUUAAAUUAUUUCAAUUGAAGAAUGACUGCCUAAUGUUAUUUGUUUGAACGCUAUUUAUAUUUUUGUAUGCGUGUGAAAAACUUGUCAA